AUAAAAUAGGUUCAGUGGCCAUGAAAUACUUCUACUUCAUUGCCAUCCCACUCAUUCUUUACGCUGCAUUAGACAGAUUAUUCUACACUUGGUUGCCUUCCAACUACGUUUUCGACCACAAAGUUAUUGGUGAAUUAGUCAGAGAAACCAUCGCCGAAUACCCUAAUAACAAUGUUACCGAAAUUAUCGUUAACUUGGUACCCAAGUUACAAGCUACUUAUGGCAAGGAGAUAAUCAAUGACUUGAACUGGGAAGAUUGGGUAUUCAAUAAUGCCGGUGGAUCGAUGGGAAACAUGUUUAUACUCCAUGCUUCUAUCUCUGAAUACCUUAUUUUCUUUGGUACUGCUGUGGGUAUCAACGGUCAUUCUGGAGUGCAUUUUGCCGAUGACUAUUUCACCAUUUUGACAGGAAACCAAAAGAUCGGGUACGACAAUCAGUUGGAACCAACUGUGUUUUUACCCGGAGACUGCAACCAUUUAAAGAGAGGUAAUGUAUUCCAGUUCACUAUGGAUGAGUCUUCCUAUGCCAUUGAGUUAGCUCAAGGUUGGAUUCCUGCCAUGUUGCCAUUCGGAUUUGUCGAAGUUGUCUCUUCGACUCUUGAUUUCGAAACCUUCUACAGAACAGUGUUGUAUACCGGUAGGGAUAUGAUCAAGAACUUGCUCAAUGGUAAGUUCUAACUACUGUUAAAAUAUAGAUGAGUAGCCCCCAUAGAUAAUAUAGCGUCAAGUUCCAGGGUAUUAUGUGUUUGCAAAUGUUUACUGUUUUCGGAACAAAAGACCGAUUUCAGUGGUUCGCGCACCAUAAAUAACGUGCAAUGGUUGCAAGACCCGCCUUACGUCUAAAAUAAUCAUCCACUAAUUAGUUAUUUGGUACUCGCUAGUUCCUCUUAUUAUCUUGAUGAACAAGAACGAGAACUCCCCCUUCUUGAACCCUACCGAGGGCGACGUGUAUCCUUCUUACACCAGAGGCUACGCUCGUGUUCCCCAGGAAGAUACAAUAUUAGACGUCCACGAGAUCGAGGAGAGUGAUAUUGUCAACUACGUUCAACAAAGAAGAGCUUCAAUUAUAUCGGUGGGAACAGAUGGAAUUCCAGCCUCAUUCUCCUUGAAUCGUCACACGUCCAGACCAUUUGAUGGGUUGAGAUCCGUCAAAUCCAAUGCUUCUCUUGAUGUUGGAGAUAUUCUCAGCUCGUCCAAUGUGGGUGAAGAACCGGAAACUGAUUUUAAGUCAGAAGCUAAAGUCUUGAUGAAGUAUUCGGUUCCCUUGAUCAUCACAUUCUUAUUACAGUAUUCGUUGACAGUUGCGUCGGUUUUUUCGGUGGGAAAGUUGGGGUCCCAUGAGUUGGGAGCCGUCAGUUUAUCUUCUAUGACCGCUAAUAUAUCGGGUUAUGCCAUUAUCCAGGGUGUUUCCACGUGUCUUGACACUUUAUGUGCCCAGAGCUUUGGUAGAAAAGAAUACAACAAGGUGGGUUUGCAUUUUAUGAGGUGUAACUACUUAUUGCUUUUGUGCUUUAUUCCAAUGUUUGUCUUGUGGUAUUUUCUUAGUGAAGGCAUUUUGUUGACGCUCGUGGGAGAAGAUCAGGCUAAAUUAUGUGGUUUAGCUUCCAAGUACUUGAAGGUGCUAGGCUUUGGGUUACCUGGAUUCA